AUGGAGAAUGAACUGGUGCAGAAGAAAAUAUUAGAAGCUCACUUCAGUGGGAAAAAGAAAAGAACCACCUGCCUAGAAGCAGGUGGGAGGCUGAAAUGGAGAGAAACGCGAGGAAGAGCGAUGGAGGGCUAUUGUAGAAUUCGGAUCAGGGUCGGCCCAGCGGAUAACUUAACUCAAACUCUACCAGGAAAGAAGGGGUUAACGCCUGGAGAAGGAAGCCGUCGCAAGGACACGUACUCGGCCCCUGUUUUUCUUGUUUACUUCUACAAAGCGGCAGUACCACUGGCUUGA